AUGGCAGAAAGCACGACAAAGACUGGUCAGCCGCUAGACCGCAUGGUCCUAGAUUCUAUUCUGCGUCGAAGACUCUUCUACACGCCCUCGUUCGAAAUCUACGGCGGAGAACGUGGUCUUUUUGACUACGGUCCACCGGGAUGCGCCCUGCAAGCUAAUGUGGUCGAUCUGUGGCGGAAACAUUUCGUCCUGGAAGAAGACAUGCUCGAGGUUGAUUGCACGAUGCUCACUCCAGAGCCGGUCCUCAAGACCAGUGGUCAUGUCGACAAGUUUGCAGACUGGAUGUGCAAAGAUCCAAAGAGCGGCGAAAUCUUCCGUGCAGACCACUUGGUGGAACAAGUCCUCGAGGCGAGGUUGAAAGCUGAUAAAGACGCACGCGGACAAACCGUCGAAGUUGACGAAGCUAAAGAAGCAAAAAAAAAGAAGAAGGUGAAGGACGCAAAGAUUGAGAAACUCGAUGAUGCCCUCGUACAAGAGUAUGAGGAGACCCUGGCAAAGAUUGACAACUAUGGCGGUGAUGAACUGUACGAACUGAUCAAGAAAUACAACAUCAAAGGCCCCUCAACUGGAGCAGAACUUGAGCCGCCUAGAGCUUUCAACCUCAUGUUUCAGACUCAUAUCGGACCCAGCGCCGAAAGACCUAAUGGAUAUCUUCGUCCAGAAACUGCCCAAGGACAGUUCCUGAACUUCCAGAAGCUGCUCGAAUUCAACCAGCAAUCAAUGCCCUUCGCGUCUGCCUCCAUUGGAAAGUCAUUCCGAAACGAAAUCUCCCCACGCUCUGGGCUUCUGCGUGUCCGCGAGUUCUUGAUGGCCGAAAUCGAGCAUUUUGUGGAUCCCGAAGGUGGGAAGAAGCACUGCCGCUUCGAAGAUGUCAAACACACCAAGUUGUCUCUGCUGAACAGAAAGACCCAACUCGCUGGAAGCACAAAGAUCGACGUAGUGACUAUUGGCGAGGCCGUGUCUUCCGGGUUGGUGGAUAAUGAGACUCUCGGCUACUUCCUCGUGAGAAUACAGGAGUUCUUGCUCAAGCUCGGUGUUGACCAGACGAAAUUGAGAUUCAGACAACACAUGGCGAACGAAAUGGCUCAUUAUGCUGCAGACUGUUGGGACGCCGAACUCUUCACGACGUACGGAUGGAUCGAAUGCGUUGGGUGCGCUGACCGCAGUGCCUAUGAUCUGACCGUCCAUAAGGAGAAGACUGGAGCGCCACUCGUCGUUCGCGAAACUCGAGCACAACCGCUCAUAGUCGAAGAAUAUGAAGUUGAUCUGGAUCGCAAGAAGCUCGGACCCAAGUUCCGCAAGGAUGCGAAAGCGGUCGAAGCCGCAGUGGAUGCUCUUUCACAAGACCUGCGUGAAAAGCUCGCGUUGGAGUUGGAGAAGUCUGGGAAGAUUGAGAUCGAUACACCAGGAGUCGGAAGCGGAAGAACAGAACUUGACAAAGAUUUGAUCAAGAUCGAGAAGAGGAAGCGAACAGAACACAUCCGCGAGUACACGCCUAACGUCAUCGAGCCAUCCUUUGGUAUCGGACGAAUUCUCUACAGCGUCAUGGAACAUGUCUUCUGGAUUCGUGAAGGAGAUGGUGCUCGUGGAGUCUUGUCCUUCCCGCCCACGGUGGCUCCCACCAAGGUCCUCCUCGUCCCGCUUUCCAGCCAUCCAGACUUCAAGCCCUUCAUCAAGAAACUAACAGCCCGCUUACGCCGGGUCGGAGUCUCCAACAAAGUCGACGACUCCUCUGCAAGUAUUGGCAAGAGGUACGCUCGUAACGAUGAAUUGGGGACGCCUUUCGGUAUUACAAUUGAUUUCCAGACGGUGAAAGAUGGGACCUUGACGCUGAGGGAGAGAGAUUCCACGAAGCAAGUGAGGGCGAGCGAGGAUGAAAUCAUCGCAGCGGUAAAGGCAUUGGUUGACGGGGAGGAGACGUGGGAAGAUGUUAUCAAGAGGUUACCUGCUUUUGAAGGACAGGAUCUGGAGUGA